GUGUGAGCAGUGCGAGCGAGCUUUCCCUCCUUCAUUCUCUGGUUACGAGGGGAUGAUUUUUUUUUUUUUUGCCGCGGGUGGCUGUCCCUCUCCCUACCCACCUGGGCAUUGCUGAUCGACCGAUACUCGAAUUAUGCCUGUGUGCUUUGCUUGGACCGUAUGGUGUCCACUGCCCAUUUCCCGCCUCUGCCCCGUGGCUGGAGGUCUGAAGCAUACAUAUGCAAGUCAAAGGCAUCCCACUUCCCAACCUCCACAGGGGGUUUGGCCGUACUCGGUACCUAGGCGGUGCCUGUGCCACACCUGCGGUGUGUGUUCGCUCCCCUGCGAAAUAGGUCCUGCCAAUACAGGCUUAGGUGUCCGGACUGUCCCGUUUUCGCCCAGAGUGCUGGUGCUUUACGUACCUAGGUAGCUAGGAUGUUGGUCCGUAUAUCCCGCCCCUUCAUCCGUAGGUAGAUAUGUUCAUCUGUUUUUAUGUCUGUAUACAUAUACGUUAUGGCAUCAUGCAGCUCCGUAUUCAUUCACUUACUAUGAAUCUAAUAUCGUUCAGGAAACCGGAAUCCUACCCGAGUGAUUGGUGCGAUACGUAGGUACGUGUGCUGCAGAACUGCCACCCCUUUUCCACACACUGCAGCUGCGCAGGUACGAUCUUGAUUACUCAUGUAAAGACGUGGAGUCUAUCCUGAUGGAGGUAUGGUUGGGGUACGUACCGCAUUGUGAGAUGAAUAGGAUGGGUUCUGCUUGGUACAUUUUCAUUAUGUGUACGUAAUUGAUAUGAUGGAUAUAUGUAGAGCCAUGUAAUGCGCCAGGUAUGUAGGAUGUAAGGAGGCAGACAAG